AUGCGGCUCCUGUUCUUGGCGGUGCUGCGGCGGCACACUGGCAACGCCGUCACGGCCCAGCGCAUCCGGGACCAUCUAGAAGCUGCAGGCCACGUGUGUAUUCUGAAAGAUGCCUUUGACUUUGGAAGUCCAUCUGAAAUCGCAAACUUCAUCAAGGCUGAGAACCUUGAGGCGGCCGUGGCUCUUCAUCUCUACAGAGGAGGCCGACUUGUGCAAGGUCAUGGAAUUCCUUUUGGAAUCAUCUUUGGUGGAACUGAUUUAAAUGAAGAUGUUAACCACGGAGAAAAAAACAAAGUGAUGGGAAAAGUCCUUGAAGAAGCCAGAUUUGCUGUUGCUUUCACGGAGUCCAUGAAGGAAAUGGCACAAACGCAGUGGGUAUGUCAAGACAUUUCAUUGGCAGUCACGUGUGGAGUUCCUGUCAUGCCGCAUGCUAGGGGUAAGAUCUAUGUCCAGAAUCAAGGAAUUGCAACCGUGCCGAACGCCACCUUUAAUUGGAACACCUUUCUUCAGCAUUCAGAGAUUAACCAAAGUGCUGACAGUCUACACGUGUUUCUCCUGAUCUGUGGACUCAGACAAGUGAAAGACCCUCUCUACUUGGUGGAGGCAUUCUCGGAAUGGCAUCAGGAAGAGCCCAACGUUUACAUGGUAAUCAUCGGUCCUGAAGUCGAUCCAGUGUUCACAAGGGAAGUCAAAGCCAAAGUCAAGAGGACUCCUGGAGUCCGACUGAUUGGGGAGAUGGCCCAGGAAGAUCUCCACGCUGUUGUGAAGAACUGCUUUGCGGUGGUCAACAGCUCCGUGUCUGAAGGCAUGUCAGCCGCAAUCCUGGAGGCAAUGGAUUUGGAAGUCCCCGUGUUGGCGAGGAACAUCCCGGGGAACGCCGCAGUGGUGACGCACGAAGUUACAGGAUUGUUGUUUUCCGACCCUCAGGAGUUUGUUCGGCUGGCAAAGAGACUGGUCAGUGACCCUGCGUUGGAAAAGGAAAUAGUGGCCAAUGCAAGGGAGUAUGUGAGAAAGCAUCACUCAUGGCAGGUGGAGAGAAACACCUACAGGCACCUCAUCAGGACCCUGCAGAGAAGCAUUGAAGACUAAGGGCGCCCACCUGGUGCUGUCCGAUGUCCAGCCCUGGGUGCAUACCCAGGGGACAGAGCUCUGGGCAGCGGGACCGUCCAGUACAAACCACUGGGAUGGCAGAUCUGCCAGUCCUAACAUAGUUCAUCCAAAACCAACUUGUGCUUCCGGGUAACACCCCUGAUGUGUGCCCAGAUCCGUCCUCCUGGAGAUGCCGGAGCUCGCUGACUCCCUGGGGGGUGGGGGCAGGGUAACUGGUUUUAGGAGCAAUCAGGAAGAGAGCUGCUUUAGGACUUCCUUGGGACAGUAAGGGCUUAUUUGUAAGGUGUCCCUGUGUAGGCAUCUCUCCCCUGUCCUGGGAUGACCUGGAACCCAUCACUGUCCAGAGAGCAAAAGCAAAAACAUGGCAGCCAAGAGAAGUCCUGGUAGCGAUUUUAACAUGAGACUGACUCUGCAGCAAAUCUGGGGCCCUAAAAGAUUAGGGGAUGGGCCCCCAGGCUGGCUUCUGAAGCACUGGAUACAACACUCUGCAUUGAGUCCGCCGAAUCCUCCAUCAGGUAACUCAAGGAGAGCCAGAAGUUCUCUAGAUAAGUAGGUGGAUCCCAUCCUGCAGAGGCUCCACCCACCUCCUGGUUGAAUUUGGGUUGAAAACUGGUUGGAAGAAGGCCUGGGAGAUACUGGAGCCAGCCCUGAGGGUCCGGCAUCAGAGAUCCAGCAUUGGGGACCCACAGGUGAAUGUCCACCUGGUCAUCAGCCUCCAGCACAUCUCAAGACCCACACUCAGUCCUGCAACCUUAUCCAACAAGUGGGGGAAGGGUUGGAAUUUAACCAAGUGUCAGCAUCCCUGGGACAUCCUGGCUGCACUAUGCAAGGUCCCCCAAACCCCGUGUUUGUUUUUCUGAGUGGCAGUAUUUGCUUCUGCUGGAUCCUGGAGUCUCUGCUUUCUGGUGGACUUUCCAUUCCAACAACUAGGGGUGAAAUGUUCUGAUUCUCUUUUGAGGUGGGAAGCUAGGGGGUCCAGAAGGAUGGGGUGAAGUUGGCCCAGAGCCCACCAUGGGAAGUGUUUCCUUAAGGUGUGUUCCGAAGACCCCAGAGGCAGGAGGAGGGACCCAUGGCAGCUUUGCCACGGGCUUUGCAACAUCUUGGAUUUUUUUUACUUUCCAGCCAUCUUUUUUAAAAAUACACAGCCAGACCUACAUCUUAUUUGUAAAAGAACAAACCUCAGAUUGUAAUAUUUUAAACUCUGAUGACUUAGGGACCCGGAACAGCACGUUUCUAGAUUCUGUUCCCGUCAUUUCCUGUUCUGUUCUGCGCCUUCAUCUCAGAACACGGUCCCUUCCCAGAGGCAGUUCCCUGGAACCUGCAGAUGGUCUUCCGCCCAGGAUUCACAAUCCUGCUAAGAAUGCCCCUCACCGUCUCCCACCCCCUAUUUUUAACAUCUGAGAGUCACCAAGGUCAGGGCUCCCCUGUGGCCAUAGCGAGGAAAGGGAGGUAAAAGCCGUCCAAAUCCUGGGAGACAGCUCUGUCUAUCAGGAGUCAGCGUUGCCAACCUACGAAAAGGCCCAUGUUGGCCUGGGUACCAGGCAGUGAUGCUGCGGUUGAUAAAAUGCCCAUGGCUGGGGAAGCCCUGCUCUCUUCCUGGUUGAAUGACAUUGUACAUGCUCUGCCCUUCUCUACUUCAAUCUCAUUCAUUUAUGUCUUUAUGGAAACACACCCAGGCUGCCUGCCCUUUGG